AUGAACAGGCGAGCUAACAACUAUACCCACGUGAAGAGGGAAGGGGAAUACAAACACCAAGUGGGAGAACCCAAGGGAAGUAAAAGUGAGCUUCGAAAUAAAUCAGUAGAAAGGUUGAUCCAUUCGAAGGCCCACAAUAAUGAGAGAACUCAAAGUAGAGAAUCCUUCCUUCAUAAUUGGAACACCGCAACAAACUGGAAAAAGGGGUUAACAAAUCGUCAUAACAACAGAGGGGAGAGUCAAGAAAUGUUUGGCCGCUCGGGACGCGACCCAAAGGAGGAUGGCGACACCAGAAGUGCAAACGCUCCAACUGGAAUCGGGCCAAGUACCCACAUGCAAAUUGCAAAUGGACUAAAUGCUGACAUGCAAACCUCUAACCCUCGUACGAACGCACACACCGUAAACAGGAAGAACAAUAAAGUGGAAUACCAAAUGGCUCACCGAAGCGCACACCCAUUUCCAAACCAAAGGGAAGGAAACAUGGUCCUGCUUCACAAAAAGGGAGACAUAGAAAAAGGGGCGUACUCCAAAAAAGAUGACGGGAUUAUUCACAGAGGGAAACCAUUAAUGAACUUGUUGAAGAGGCCCGAAGGGAGACUUGCGCCCAAUCCAUCUCAUAAUAAGUCUAUCCAUAGGGGCAUCUCGCAGGAGAGAUUCCAAAAGACUGUACCAAGCAGUCGCCUCAUUAGGAAAGACGACACCACUCUAUCGAACCCUAUGGUAAUGCCCCAUACAAGGGAUAUCAAACCGACGAACAAUCAGAGUGGUCCAUUCAGCAACAGAAUGAUCACAGAGAAUUUUUUGAAGAAAAAUAGAACGACGCAAAAAAUCCUCGACAGAGAGACAACAAAACAAAGAGAAAAAAUGGCAAUCCCUCAGGAGGAAUCAUUUAACAGCAAAAUAAUGGCAGAAUAUCCAUCCCAGUGUGUCCACUUGAAUGACCGAUGCAACAGAGAAAGAAGCACAGAUCAGUCCCACUUUGCAUACAUGAGAAAGAGCGGCAUGUCAAAACAUUUGGAAAUUUCAAUGCAGGGAAAAAAGCAUGAAGAAAGAAGACACGAAUACAUGAACCAUAGUAAGAAUACCACAAAGGGAGAUCACCUUCAUCACAUCAAAGAGCGGCAACAGAGGGAUAUGGUAAUGUUCCCCCACAAGGAAGACGCAACUGCAAAAUAUCCCCAUGCAAUGUACUAUAAAAAGAGUGUAGUAAGAAAUGGAAAUAGCUAUUCAGAGAAAAUCACCAACGGCAUGAUCAUCAGCAACAACUGCAUUCGCUCUGUUCACGAAAGAUCAAGGAACCUUGAACAACCCAUGAACAGAACGCACCCCCAGUUUGGUAGAAGCAGGGUUAGUAUUCAGAUGAAGAACCUGGUGAGGAAGUCAAAUGAAGAGGAAUACAAAAGGGGAAUACCUUCCAAUGAAACUACAAACGCUUGGAAUGAAUCCAAUGUGCCUAUGGAACCGAGCGAGUCCAGCAGUUCAGGGCCAGAGAAUGUCAGUGGCAAUCCCCUCCGUAAGGUCAACUCGGGCAGGCGCCCUUUUUUCCCGAAAGAAUAUCCAUUUCUAAUGACACCACUAUCAAUUUUAUCAUUGAAAGAUCCACAGAAAACCACCCAGACAAAAAGCUACAUAUCGAUAAAAAAUGUUCAUCACAAGGACACUUGGUAUCGUUCAUAUCCUUAUAGUUGCCACAAGAGUAGUAACGCAACACAGGCUCCCAUCACGACAAGCGCUCCAUACACUUCUGCUACACGAGGAAAUACUUUUAACAAGAAUAGAGAUCAGUUCAAAAAGGAUGGAGGAAGCAAUACUCUUCUUUUCAACUUACCAAACAAAAGUGGGGGCAAACAUAGGGAGGGCAGACAGAAUUACUCUUACCAUUCACAUGAACGUGCUCGGGCGAACAGACACAUCAGAUGUGACCAGGAUGACCCCUUUGAUGGGCUCAGUUCAGAGGAGGUCCACUUUACAUCUGAAAAAUUCAAACGAGAGAUGAAACCAUCCAUGGGGGAGAGGAAGCAGGAACGUCUACCAAGAAGGGAUAGCGAGUUUGCUACUUAUGAAAAAAAAAACAGAAAAAUGUGUAUUACGAUUGAUACGACCUGUGUGGGUGGAGAUGUUGAUGCUUCAAUCGAAGCGAACAACGCGAACAUAACACACGGGGUAGUCGCUACAAACGCUACCAACGUGAUGAAGAGUGUGAACCGAAAUGAGUUUCACCCCACGGGAAGUCUAUAUAAGAAAAAUUUACUGCACCUCACGCACGAACAGGUGAAAAAGGGCCUGACGUUUCACGAAAUGAGGAGAAAAAGCUUCGAAGCCUUGCACAUUAGUGAGCCUGUUAACCAUCACGUGAAGUAUAAACACCAGGACCUGGACGACAUACGGGAUGUACGGCAUGUGUGCGAUUUUUCCAAUUAUUCCAUGAACAAAGGAGAAGAGAGGAACAGAAAGAACGCGCGGAGAAGUGUCACCCAGUCAACUGAAUUAAUAGAAACGAAUUUUUUGCCAAAGAAGAGAAGGCUAAAUGGAACCGAGGUGAAAGACAGACACAGCCAGAUUAUCAUCCCUUCAAGUGCACCUCUUGAAAAAAAUAAAAUGAAUCUCCCACGUAGGGACGCAAACAUGAGUUACAACAAAGCGGGGUCUCACUCUGAGCGUGGAAGAAACGAUAAUCCAAUGUUCAGGACCAACUUUAAAACAGAAAAAACAACCACCUCGUUACAAAUCAGAAUAAAAAAUAUUGAGAAAAACAGAAUCUACGAUGCGACAAAACGUGGACAACCCAAUCUUCCCACUCGUGAAGAAAGUAAAAAAGAAAAUUCCAUUAACGUAUUUUCCCAAAGAAGAAACAAUUUCCAUGAUAAAAAUGUUACGAACACUUGUUCGGGUAGCUAUCAAAAGGAUCCCCUGCCGACUAUACGAAAAAACUUUGCAGUACCUUCAUCACUCAUUAAAAACUUUAACAAACGGUUUAAUGCCACUGUGGCUAGUAGCUAUGAAGACAAGAGGGGAAAGACAAAUGCAGUACCCCCUUACAACAGAACAGCAGUAACUGAGGUUUCUAAGCUUACUGCAGUUGGGAGAAACAAGGGGGCCUCUCGGGAGAGAAGUCUAAGUGGGAAUGAUGAGAAAAUAUUAAACAAAGAAAAAUUAACAAAAAGUGUAAAUAACGUUUCCACAGGGGGUAGGGGUGCCAUCUUAUGUAAAAAUCUCAUCACAAAUUCGAAGGAGCCACAAAGGAGUAGCCACAGUGAUGAUGCCCCUUUUGGUGAAGCAAGCAAAACAAAAGAGGAGAAGCAGAGUAACGACGCAAAGGAUGACACACACGUGGGUGCUGUCUCUACGAAUCUGUUAAGCGGAUAUGCGUUCGAUUCAGGAAUGGAACAAUUCCCCGUCGCAGAGGACCAAUCCAGGGAGGACGGACCUCUUGAGGGGGGAAAUGGACCAUUUUGCGGAGAAAUCGGCGAAUCACUUUACGACAUCUUCGGUUUGGAUGCAUUGUCAAAGGGGAAGAAAUGGCAGAAGGAAACAUCGCGAGAUGACACACAGGACGGUACCGUUGCACACGUCCCCACCCUUUGCAGUGACGCUCCCCUGGUAAAGAAGACGAACCGGACUGAGGCACCCAAGAACGGAGAUGACACACCCGGGGGAAAGACAUGUCAGGAAGAGGAGCUCGGAACAAAGACGGAGGGUGAGUCGGCAAGUUGGAUUAUAGGCAAUCAAGACGUUACACUGGUGUGUGCGGCUAGCGAGGCUGAAACGGUCAACGAAGCUAAUGUAGUUGUUAACGCACCGAACACAGACCACUCCACCGACAAUGCGAAUGCAGUGUCCAUACAGAGGGAUGCACACAGGGAGAAAAGACUGACAGGCAACACAUCAGGACAUACAUUAUCGAACAAAGACGAUCCCAUGAACACAGGAGCAGAAGUCGUAGGGAAAAGCAAAGAGAAGCAGGAAGGAAGCUACACAUCAAAGGGGGCAUUAAAUAGAGAGGAAAGUACCACCUGGUUGCAUGAAUGUCACUACGGAAAGAAUGUAGAGGGGGAAGUGGAUAAAGUUACGAACAAAAAUAAGGAAUCGGAUGUUGCGGAAGAGAAAAAUGAAUGCCUCCCUCUCCUUGGUGAUGUCGAAGUGAUAGAUAUAUUUCUCCAAAUGAACUCCAAAAAAGGUGUUAGCAACGUGCAGGAUAGGAAGAAGGAAGAGCAUACCCAAGUACGUAACCAAGUACAUGACGAUACGGUGAAGACAUGUCAUAGAGUUACAACUGUACAUGUGCAAAGGCACGUAGGGGCAAAAGGUGAAACGAAGCAAGCGACAACACAUAAUGAAAAGGGGAAGGAAGGAGACCUACAUCAGAACAAGUUACAGACGAAGCCCCUCACAGGGAUGAAGGAUCGGCGACAAGUGAGCACCACGACUUUUGCCUUAAAUGAGGAAAAUAAGUUAAGUAUGGAAAAAAAAAAAAAAAAAGAGGAGGUGCAAGAGGAUAAAGGAGAGAAAGCAAAAGAAGGGGAUAUUAAAAAAAAAAACAGUCAGGGGAAUGACGCGGACAUAUUGGGGACAUCGCAAUUUGAUUUGCUAGAGGAACAAUCUAAAGCAUACCUCAAGGAAGUUUGCACGGGGAAGGAUUUCGAGGAUGCACGAGGAGGCCAAAAGAAAUGGGUUAAGCGCAACGUAGAGGAAAUUUACGAAGCGCCCGAAAAUGGUGAACUGUGCGAAACUUUGUGCGACGGCCCUAGGAGCAACUCGUCUGCAUGCACGCAUAGCAGUGGAAAAAAAAAAAAAAUAAAUAAUAUGUCAACCGCGCGAUCGAACAAAGAAAACACUGAUAAUGGGGAAAUAAGAAUGUGUCUUCUCACAAACGCGAAGGAGCGCUCUGUCGAUGUAGAGGAAAAAAUUCCACAUACAAAAUCAACACUCUACUUAACUGUCGAUGUUACUUGUGCCAACCCAGCGGAGACUUUUUCAAGGCAAAAAAGAAAGGAGUCCAGGAAGGAAGUUGAGCAGACGGACGAGAAGGAGUGUCAGGUGGAUCAAAUAUAUACCAAUCAAAAAGAAAAAAAAAGGGAACAACAUUCCAUGAUUAACGACAAGCGGGAUGGUGGUGGAGAUGGAGAUACCUAUAUCAACGGCAAUGUCAGUGUAAAUAGUAGUUGCCACGGCGAUGGGGAGAAGAGUCGAACCAAGCAAACAAAGCACAACCAGUUAAACCGGAAGAACGACUUCACUAUCACCCCCUCGAAAUGUGCAGACAUGCAGGAAAGCGCGCAAAGACCGAUAACCAAAGUAACCAAAGUGAUGGAAGAACAGUCGUGUCACAAGAAGAGGAAAAUCAUCAAUGGCAUCCCCCUUGCUCUGGAGGGAACUACACAUACUAGCCAUUUAUUAAGUGGCGAGAUCCAAGGAGAGAAGGGUUUUUUUUCAACGGAGGAUGAGUCCCCACCUUGCCACAUUUAUUCACCAAGGAAUGUUUCUGCUCAGAUUGGAACCAUCCAAAAGGAUGACACACCCUUCGGUAGCAGCGGUAAUACCAGCAGUAGUGAUACUCCUUCUGAGGAUGAAGGCGAACGAAGCAAGAAUGGGAGCGAAAUGGCGGAAGAAGACAUGGUGAAUGAUCCAUUAGUCAGAAGCACAUUUGGAAAUGUACUUCCAAAUAAAGAGCAAGUAAAGAACUUCAUCCUCUCAGUUGAAAAAACUUGCAAUGGAGAAAAAGAAAAAAAAAAAAAAUUACAAAAAAGGAAGACAUCCUUGGAAUGUACACAGAGGAGACAAGUAACUAAAAGGAAUUCCUUUUUGGAUGGCCUUUCCCCAGAUGAAAGUUUGAUGGAAGAUAAUAACGAGGAUUGUAAAGAAGACACGUUUUGCGACCUUCCCUUUUUCUACGAUUCCCAAAUAAUUUAUAAGUCGGAGGAGAGGAACUACGGAGAUAGUGGUAGCUACAGACAGUCUCUAAACCCCAGUGGAGAAAUUGCCUUUUCGCUAAAUAACGACGACUUGUUUGAUGAGGCAGAGAGGGACACAGAAGACAGAUACACUAAAUGUGCUAGUGGGAAAAAUGAGGAGAACAUUUUUGAGGAGGUGGAGGAAGAGCGGGGGGAUGACAACAAGCUGUGCCAGUCAGAUGGAACAAAUCAGUACAAACAUGGAAAAUAUGAACCGAACCCUUUUAUCAACUUUGCCCAGAAGCAAAUGAAUGGAGAAAUUGUAAACUAUAGAAAUGAGUGUCCUCCCAUCCUCGAGUGCGUCCCCGAUGGUUAUACCAACGUUUCCACGGAGAGGAGCCACCAGAUGAUGGAACUUUCUGACCAGAACCCAUUCAGCAUUGGAGAAAAUGUAAAAAGCACAUUUAUGGAGUAUGUCGUAAGAAACAGUCUAAACGUUACUAUAGACUCUAGCUUCAUUAAUGACAAGGAAUCUGUGAAGAAGAAAUAUGGCCUCCAAAUUAAUGGGUUCAAAAUUGUGCAAAAAAUAGAUGCACUCUACCAGAGGAAGGAAACGAAUCAGAACCCAUCUAGCUCUAGCGAAUCCUCCCUUCUUGAAAUAUGUGAUGGUAACGAGUCGUUCGUAGGAAGCUAUGGUACAGUGAAAGAACUGCCACCACUGUAUGGAGACAACUCAUUUCAGGUGAAUCAUUUCCUACACAAGGGAGAUGAAGAUUCUCCCGUGGACAACUAUGACCAGAUGGCAAAGAAGGAAGAUACACUUUUCCAGAACGACCACAUCGAGGACAUUGCUCAUAUUAAGACACGCAUUAUGAAUGUAUGUGGAAUGGAUGAGGAUGACAACAAAGAGGAUGAUCAUGUUGUUGAUGAUGUUAGCAACUGUGAUGAUCGAUUUGCUAAGAAAGUGAAGGAUGAGCAGCCCCUUGCGGAUCUAUCUAACAGGACUGAAGCGCGCUCUGGUCUGAUUAAUGAUGAUUGCUCACAGGGGGAUGAAACCCACGUAGAAAAUACAGGAGGUUUUCCCCAAGGGGGAGGCGUUAUUUUGGAAAAUCAUUCCAUAUGUAUGGAAAAGGAAAAACAGAUUGAUGAUGGAGUUGUGAACAAUGUAACUUUAGCGGCUAGAAAGGAUAGCGAGGGUUCGGGAAAAAAAACUCUCAGGAGCCAUCCAGCGGAUGAAUUCAGUGGAUUUUCUAUGCUCUGCUCGAAGGGGAAGAAAACCACUAUGCAUGAAGAUGAAGCCUCUGCCACGCUUGACUUUGAAGAGAUCUAUGCCGUGGAUGACCUUACCAUGUGUCCAGAGAAUGAACUAAUUGCUUGUACUUCCCUUGAGCAGCCCGAAGAUCUCGAAAAGAAAGAAACGGACAACCACAGCAGGAGCAGCCUGAUCAGCACGGAUGGAAAAACGGAAGGAGAAAAGGUUCCCUCGCAAAAAUGCACCGAGGAAGACGAAUCAGGCAUAGCCACCUUAGACGUCCCAUCAGGAGACCUUCCCAGUGGAAUUUUAUUUCAGUUUGUUACGCGGGGAUCAUCAGAUGGAAGUCUUUCGGAGGAGCAGGAAGAAGAAGGGGUGGAUCAUACGAAGGAAGCUCAAAUGGGAAGCAACAAAGUAGAAGGCGACCAAAUGAAGGACGACCUAGCUGCGGUGCAUGCGCCCGAAGGGGAAGAAGGAACAACCCCUGGUAAUCCAAAAGACGGUGAUGAGGUGGAAGGUACCAAACCAAUCGAAGAAUCCACAGAGCAAAUCGAACCGGUUCAAGAGGCAGGCCUCUUGAAGGGACAAGAAAAUAAGACAGCCAAAGGAGGUGCACAUAGUGAGUCUCACCCGAUUAGCCACUUAGAUGAGGGGUCUUCGUUGGAAUAUAACGAGUGGAGUGUUGUGGAAGGGAAGGUCAUUGGAGGAGGAGUUCCCACUUUGGACAUCGCAAAGAUGGAUGCAACCAGUGUAGACGUUCCCAUCGAGGACAAACUGGACGAUGCGGAGUUAACUUGCAACGGGACAUCGAGCGAGUCAGUGUUGCAGAAGGAGGCGCAGGGAGAAAGCGGCAGACGAGAGAGGGACGGGGUACCAACCCUCCGUGUAAGAAAUGAGAAGGAUGUCCUUAUCAACGAGACUGCCACUCCUCCAGGAGAUGAUAACCUACCGCUGGAAGGGGAAGAUGAAGAAAACAAGGUUCCCCUUCAUGCAAAGCACCGUGUGGAGGCGGAAAAACUAAAUCAGGACAUCCCAUACAUAACGAACAUACAUAAAGAAAUGCACAGGUCGCCAGUUAUGCCUCUCCGAAUCGAAGCCUUUCACUCUCUAGAGGAUCAGAGGUUGAUCCAUGGAAGACCCGAAUGGCAGAAGUAUAUGUGCCCCUUGUGCGACAAGGUUUAUUACACCCCAAAUAGCUACAUAAAGAACUAUGCCCACUACCUGAACGAGCAUUGGAAGAAGAGAAAAAUCCUGGGGGGCUACAUUAUAUUCCCGUGCAAGUUGAUUCAUAACGAACAGGAAGAGAAGGAGGAGAAGGACAAGCCGUACCUACGGAUUAGCAAAAAAAUGAGAAAAAAAAAGAGAAAAAAACUUUUUACAGAUCCACAUUACCACUGUCCUAUAUGCUUAAAUGUGCACUUCACAGAAUAUGUUUUGCUAACGGAACACUGCGUGAAAAUGCACAAGUCUUCCGGUGCAGAUCCUUCCAGGACACUCCCCUCAGAUGUGGUACACACACCUUUUAUCAACAGUAAUGACUACUACUGCACGCUGAAGAAGUUUGAAUCGGAAAAAAAUAUCACCAUUGAUGCAGAGAAUAAGUGUAUCAACAACGCGCGUUCAACUAUCGAUUCUGCAUCUGCAAAUCUUUUGGGGAGCACCAUCACAUCUGCCUCGCUAGAGAAAGGCCCUAAUCAGAGUGAACAGAAAAAUAAGGGGAAACACAGAAGAAGCAGCAGAGUCAUUUUUUGCGACGAGAUUCAAGUGAGAGAAUACGACAUUGAGUUGUCGCGCAUUGAGAAGUUCGGCGCGAGUAUCGGCCCCGUUUUUACGGAGGAGAAUGAGCAGGGGAUUAAGCCAAACACGGUGAGCGAGGCAGGAGGAUGUCUCGAAUUAGUGGACAAUCUAGCAAAGGGAGAACAAAAUGGAAUGUUAAGCGGAGAGGUAGAGACCAAAGAUGAGGAGCUCCAGGAGGAAGGUACCUCCCCGGAGCAAGGAAACAAAUGGGCGAUGGAUAAAGAAGACGAAAAGGAUAAGCCUAUGAAAAAAUGCAACAAGGAUAUCUCCUCCAAUGUUGAAGACAUUCAUGUCGAAGGAAAAUCUCACCAGAAUGGUAGUGCCAAUGUGAAACACUCUGUACACGUUCCAGAAAGCGAAGCCAAAAAGAAGGACGGACAACGCAACACGCCAGUGGUCAGCAGUACAGAAAGAAAAAUAAUAGAAAGUAGAAAAAAGAAAAAGCAGGAUGGAGAUGCAAACGGAAAUUAUGCACCAAGUCGAAAGAAUCUCAAUGCUGGUCACAGAAAAGGGGUGUCCAACAAAUUACAUGAGACCCCUCUUCCAAAUGGUAAAAAAACUAAGAGAAAUAAUGACGACAUGGAUAUAUACACGAAGGAAAAGAUAGGAGAGAGCAAGUCUAGGGGAGAAAAACAGUCAAACGAAGAGGCCAAUAUCACAUCUUCAUUUAAAAAUUGUCAAUCCGAACUGAUCAACGAGGAAAAAAAAGGAGAAAAAAUUGUUAAUCAAAUGGAAGACAGCCCCUCCAUGAACCAUGCCAAUAUUGAAAAAAAUCAAACAGAGGAUGAAUCGGGAACAAAAAAAAUCGAUGAGGGCAAUUCAGCAGAUACCUCCACCCAAGAAUGUAUCGAUCCAGGAGGAAAUGUAAAAGUGGAAACUGACCCCCCUCGAAGUGACAGCCUAAAUGAACUCAUCUCAUCCCUCUUCAUCAUUGAUAAUAAUAGCCCCCCUUCAAGGAGCGAACACAAAUCAGUCCCAGUUUCCUGCCUGAUGUACGAAGAAAAUCUACAAAUAAAGGAACAAGCACUUAACGAAAUAUUACUCGAAAACAGAAUUGAAAAUAGCAAAGAAAAUAUAUUCAUUCCUGUAAAAAAAAAAAUGGGUAAGCGCAUGCAGAACGGAACUGAAAAUAUUCACAAACAGAUCAUUUCAAAAUAUAAAAGGAAGAUUAAAAUAUGUACUUUAAAUGAACAGAAAAAGGAAGGUAAGUCUUUUUUCGAUUUUAAGAAUUACGAAAAUGUGUAUAUGCCCCCCAAGAACGUCAGCCUGGAUUUACCCCCAGAAAAGGAGACACACAUUUUGAAGAAGGUAAUCCGACCAAAGAAGAAGGAGAAAAUUCCAUCCCUUCAUCUCAACUGCAGGCAGAGUGCCCGGAUAAAGAACCGGAACAAACUGACGCAGUAG